CCUGUCCCUGAUGUCAUAACUGGGUAACUAUGACAGCUUGUCAUGGGGACAGCUAGGCACCUCACAGAGGAGUCUGGGUACCUCAUUUCUGAAGUGAGACUAGGAAGAGAAGAUGAACAAUUCCCUGGAUUAUCUGGCCUACCCUGUUAUCGUCUCUAAUCACAGGCAAAGCACAACCUUCAGAAAGAAACUGGACUUUGACCACUACAUAUCUCACAAGAAUAGAAUACAAAUAGUGAAGCCUACUGUUGAUACCAAACCUCCAGUGGCGCACACACAUCACAUUUUAAAAUUGAGCAAACUACAGGGUGAACAAAAGAAAAUCAACAAAAUCGAGUAUGAAAACAAGCAACUGUGUCAGAAAAUCGCAAAUGCCCAUCGUGGCCCUGCCAAGGUGGAUUGCUGGAAUGAAUAUUUUUCCAAGAGCUUAAAUAGAGAAACGAGGAACCGCGAGCUAGUGAGAAUCACCAUGGAAAACCAGGGCAUUCUGAAGAGGCUUGUUGAUCGCAAACCCCACUAUGACCGCAGGGCAUCUGAGAUAGACUGGCAGAAUUCAAGGCGCUAUAUCAGAAAUACUACGAGAUAUCUUCUCUCCCAAAAUGAAUAGGUUAUUCACCAUGGAAAAGGUACAAAAGAAGGCCCUAGGAUUUCCUGGCUGCUUAGAAUCGUGAGACACUCCUGAGUGGCUGAAUGCUCAAUCUUCAGACGCUUCAAUAAAGCCUGGAACAUAAAAUGUGUAAGUUACAUUUAGGGGACCCAAAGGCUUUACGUUCUCAUUCCAAAAUGGGGCAGGCAGAAGGAAAGAUGCAAUGAGCAUUUUUAUUUGGGGCUAUGAAAAGAAGUUUUAACGAGAGAAAGAGAGAGAGAAAUCAGAGAACUCUUUAAAACAUACACCAUCAUCACCAUCCCACGGAAGAAGAAAAGCUGGGGUGAGAUCAUCCAGCCACAAGUACAGCACUGUCAAAAUGGAAAACAAAAUCACAUGACAACAUCAAGGUUCAGAAAACACAAGGAACAAGUGCCUUUAGUCCCUCUGUGAAUAUACACAAU